CCUGGGACUCGGGAAAUGCUUUCGAUUUUUCUCUCUUUUUUCCCUUUUCUUUCUUUUCACAAUUCUCUUCACUUUGUUGAUCCUUGACUCACCCACUUCCUCCUGUGACCUUUUUUGCCUCUUUCCGCUUGCCUCUUUCCGCUAUACCCCAGCUAGACCCCGAUACCCGCAUCUCUUAUCAGCCAUCCAUCCCCCUCCUUACACCCUACCCUACCUUGAUAUCCACAUCAAGACGGUGACUGUGAGAUCUGUUCCCAAGGUAACCCACUGGUUCGAUUGCUAUACAGAUUGCGGUCAGGCAACAAAGGUUCCGUUGAAAUAUGGGAAGAAAGUCUUCUACCGCGAGGCAAGAGCAGCCUUCAAAUGCUGACUCUCUCGCUACCUUACCCAGACGCACUUCCGCACGGCUGAACCGGACGUCCCUGAUUUCUCCGGCCAAAUUACCAGAAGAAAGCAAUGAUAAGUGCAAUUCUAUCCCAACAAUCAUUGGAGGGCAAGAGAUCAAACCAUUAUCUAUCGAAAUCGCCAUACCUCCCAAGAGAACGUCACCUUUAUCUGAAUUCGAAACUUCUCUCCUGGACGAAAGUUCGUCUGGAGUCUCCACGCAAGCAUAUAGUACACCGGCAACCAGUACUGCUGCUACUCCGGUCGAAUCGGAUGCAUCUGGGUCGAAGAAGAGAGUUAGUGCCUCUGCCCGUGCACGCGAACUUCGUUCAAGCAUCAUGUCCUUGAAUGCAUCUCGAGGAUCAAAGAGGUCUGCUGCGUCCGUUGUUACAUCGGAUGUGGCUAUGACGGGGGCAUUGCAAGAUCAGGCGUAUCAAGUGCGACCUACAAAAUUACGGAAAUCUUCACGCCACACCACUUCAAGCAUUGAUUGCCCUGCUGGGAUGGCCGAAGGCUUAGUAGCCAAUGGCACAGAUGACGGUACUUAUGGCGAGGAGUCUCAGACAAAGCGCUCUUCCCUCAGAAACCAGCCACAUCGAUCAGCUCGGAUAGUCACUACCCAGCAUAGCGACCAGUCCACAGGUGACGAGAUGAGAACUGUUCAAGCGGUCAUUUACUCAAGUGAAUCCGAACUUAGCGACAUUUCUUACUCCUUGACCGAGGCCAGCGAAGAUGAAGAUGUCGAGCCACAGGAGUCUUCCAAGUUGAGGGCUGUUCGAAACUCGGGAGCCUCAAGAACGCCUAGGCCAGGAUCUCGAUCGGUCAGAAGUCGUUUUCAAGUUGCAGGGGAAGCUUGGAUGACCCGCCGGGCUAUCAGGGAACGAAAGAAGCUGGAGAAGCAACACCCAUCCGUCACUACUAUGUGGGAUGAUUUGGCAAAUAUGCCUCCAAUCAAGCCGAUAGCAGCAGAGCAACCAAACGGUAUUUCGCGGACGCUUAAGUCGUUCCAGCUCGAGGGUCUCAACUGGAUGAUGCAACAAGAGCAAUCGCAGUAUAAGGGAGGCCUUCUUGGAGAUGAAAUGGGAAUGGGCAAAACAAUUCAAGCCGUUUCCCUCAUUAUGUCCGAUUAUCCCGCUGGCAAGCCGUCGCUCGUAGUGGUUCCCCCAGUUGCUUUGAUGCAAUGGCAGUCCGAGAUCAAGGAAUAUACUAGCGGUCAAUUGAAGGUCCUCGUCUAUCACAAUUCAAAUCCCAAGGUCAAAUCCCUACCAAAAGAAGAUUUGCAGACAUAUGACGUGAUCAUGAUAUCCUAUUCAGGUCUCGAGUCGAUUCAUCGGAAAGAGUGGAAAGGAUGGAAUCGGAACGAUGGGAUCGUAAAGGAGGAUAGUGUCAUCCAUUCUAUAACCUACCACCGACUGAUUCUGGACGAAGCGCACAGUAUAAAGCAACGGACAACCAGUGUCGCCCGCGCAUGUUUCGCGUUGAAGGCAAGUUACAAAUGGUGUCUCUCUGGCACACCCGUUCAGAACAGGAUCGGUGAAUUCUUCUCAUUGCUUCGUUUCUUGGAAGUCCGUCCCUUUGCUUGCUAUUUCUGCAAGCAAUGCAAAUGUCAACAACUUCAUUGGUCGCAGGAUGCAGAAAAGCGAUGUACCACAUGCAAGCAUAGUGGGUUUAGUCACGUUUCCGUUUUCAACCAAGAAAUUCUCAAUCCAAUAACCGAAAGAGACAAUGCACAUGCCAGAAAGGAAGCUCUAGCGAAGUUGCGCCUAAUCACGGAUAGGAUCAUGCUGCGGCGAAUAAAGCGAGACCACACAGCUUCCAUGGAGCUUCCACCAAAGCGUGUUGUCAUUCAUAAUGAGUUCUUUGGGGAGAUCGAGCGUGACUUCUCUCGCAGUAUUAUGACAAACUCUACCCGCCAAUUCGACACCUACGUAAGCCGUGGUGUCAUGUUGAACAACUACGCCAAUAUCUUCGGGCUUAUCAUGCAGAUGCGUCAAGUGGCCAACCACCCCGAUCUCAUCUUAAAGAAACAUGCUCAGACUGGACAGAACGUUCUUGUGUGCAGUAUAUGUGAUGAGCCUGCUGAGGAAGCAAUUCGGUCUCGCUGCCAUCAUGAAUUCUGCCGCAGAUGUGUCAAAGACUAUGUCCAGUCCUCUGGUAUCAAGUCCGUGGUUGAUUGCCCCCGUUGUCACAUUCCUUUGUCAAUCGAUUUCGAGCAGCCUGAUAUCGAACAGGAAGAGGAACAUGUUAAGAAAAAUUCCAUCAUCAAUCGUAUCCGGAUGGAGGAUUGGACUUCAUCGAGUAAGAUCGAGAUGCUUGUCUAUGAGCUCUACAAGCUGCGAAGCAAGAAACAGACACAUAAAUCAAUCGUCUUUUCGCAGUUCACGUCCAUGUUACAAUUAGUCGAGUGGCGCCUACGUCGAGCCGGCUUUAACACCGUUAUGCUCGACGGUACAAUGACGCCAGCGCAACGGCAAAAGUCGAUUGAGUACUUCAUGAACAAUGUGGACGUCGAGGUGUUUCUCGUCUCUCUCAAAGCAGGCGGUGUUGCUUUGAACUUGACUGAAGCGUCGAGAGUCUUUAUCGUUGACCCAUGGUGGAAUCCUGCCGCUGAAUGGCAGAGUGCAGAUCGCUGCCACCGCAUUGGUCAACGUCGACCCUGCAUUAUUACCAGACUUUGCAUUGAAGAUUCGGUAGAAUCUCGAAUCGUGUUACUGCAGGAAAAGAAGGCCAAUCUCAUCAACGGCACCCUCAACAAGGAUCAAGGCGAGGCUUUGGAGAAGCUUACCCCUGAAGAUAUGCAAUUCUUGUUCCGAGGUUCGUGAAAUUAAUAUGGCGUGUAUGUGUGUGGU